AUGACCAAAUUACCGGCGCUCUUAACGGGACCGCGGGGAGCCACAGCACGCAGGAAGUCAGCGCAAAGUUUGGGCGAAGUGACCGCGGUCGGAGAGUUUGAGUUCAGUGAAGAGCCUGGAGCAGGGUCUGGGGGUGGGUGGUGGGGGGGGGAGGGGGGGUUUGUGUGGGGGUAUGUAGGGAUGGGGGGGGGGGGGGGGGGGGGGGGUGGGGUGGUUGGGGUUUGGGUACAUGGGGGAUCUAAGGGGUCAGGAAAUGUUGGGGCAUGGUGGGGGGGGGGGUGGGGGGGGGUGUGUGAUGCUGUGUGUGUUUGGUCUAGUGAGGGUGUUGGUUGGGGGUUGUUUGUUGGUUUGUGCUGGGUGUUUGUGUUGUGGGGGGUGGGGGGGGAUAGCUGA